AUGUCUUACAACGACUCAUACAACGACAACGACACCUCUUACGGAAACGACAGAUCCUACGGAAACGAGAACGAACACCGUUCGACCUUAGGUAAGGUUGGGGACAAGAUCAAGGGUGCAUUCGGCAAGAACGACGAUGACGACUACAAUUCCUCGAAGAAGGACUCGUACGGUUCGUCUACUCUGGACAGUUACGGAUCUUCCAACAGAGGCGACUCGUAUGGAUCUUCCAACAAAGAUGACUCGUAUGGAUCUUCCAACAAAGGUGACUCGUACGGAUCUUCCAACAAAGGUGACUCGUACGGAUCGUCGAAUCUGGACAACUACGGGUCUUCUACCAGUGACAGAUACGGAUCUUCCAACACUGAUACAUACGGCUCUUCUGGAAGAGGCGGUGAUUCUUAUGGAUCUUCCAACACUGACAGCUACGGUUCUUCUGGAAGAGGUGGCGACUCCUACGGAUCAUCGAACAAAGGUGAUUCAUAUGGUUCCUCUGGUAGAGACGAAUUCGGCUCUUCUGGCAGAGGCGGUGAUUCGUACGGCUCCUCUGGCAGAGGUGGUGACUCCUACGGCUCUUCUGGUAGAGACGGUGACGCGUACGGCUCGUCUAACACGGACAGCUACAGAUCUGGCGGUGACUCCUACGGGUCGAGUAACAGACGUGACAACGAUUAUUAG